CGCUGUUGACAGUCGUCGGAGUGACGAGAGCUGCGCGCGCACUCGUACUCUGUGGUGAUUUAACGGCAUUAAGCGGCAGCGGGCUGUCGUUUUUCGGCUACCGGGUGGUCAGUAUGUUUGUCCGUUUAAAACAUGUUUACACAACCCACCCUGAGCACCAGUAAUGCAGUUACGAGCUCGUGAGGCGGCCGUUUGUCAUUCUGACUGAGCUCGUGCUCGCCUAGCCGCCACAGGCUAACGUUAGUUCAUGAAGCGAUAUUGUGUCAUAAAUAUUCAGCGUUAAUAUUCAAGUAAAAUCAACGAAAAAACGCCGCGACGCGCGGACAGACGCCCUCCGGAUUGAACGAACUCUGAGGAUUAAACGCAGGUGGCGCUCUGAGUACAUUGUGCAGGAUGCAGGAACUCUGAAAACACAUGCUUUCAUCAUGAUGUACCCGCCACCCUCUUCUCAGCUGUAGGAGCACUUUAAAGCCCACACACACAUACAUCACACUACAGCCCCAGCGUGAUCUCUGGGUAAAAGUGGAAAGUGUGCGGCUUUUCUAAGGGAAGAUGUCGUUGGUCUUCCCCCCCGACGGGAUGGAAGGGGGCGACAUCCUGCCUGCUGACGGUCCUACGAGCACCCGUGGCAAAAGCAGCCCACACACCAACACAGACAACACAGAACCCGAUGAGAACAUUUCACAAGACGCGCAGAAACGAUGUCAGAAUCACGGCCACACUCGGAAACGAGCCAAGUCUAAUGCAAAGCUGAAGCUGGUGAGAAGUUUGGCAGUGUGUGAGGAGUCCUGUGGUCCGUUUUCAACAGACGGUCCUCCAGAAUCACAGGAUAUUAUUCAGCUUCACAUAAGUUGUCCGUCUGAUAAAGAGGAGGAGAAAUCUUCAAAAGACGAGUACGAGAAUGAAGAACGGGAGAAGAAGGAUAAAACCCCACGCAAGAUGCUUUCCCGCGAUUCCAGUCAAGAAUACACUGAUUCUACAGGGAUUGAUGUGCACGAGUUUCUGGUGAACACGCUGAAAAACAACCCCAGAGACAGAAUGAUGCUGCUGAAGCUGGAACAGGAUAUACUGGAGUUCAUUAAUGAUGAGAAUAAUCAGUACAAGAAGUUUCCUCAGAUGACCUCAUAUCAUCGCAUGCUGCUGCAUCGAGUCGCUGCGUAUUUCGGCAUGGACCACAACGUGGACCAGACAGGCAAAGCCGUCAUCAUCAACAAGACCAGCAACACGCGCAUACCAGAGCAAAGGUUUUCUGAGCACAUUAAAGACGAGAGGAGCAUGGAUUUCCAGAAGAAGUUCAUCCUGAAGAGAGAUGAUGCCAGCAUGGAUAAAGAUGAUAAUCAGAUCCGCGUGCCACUGCAGGACGGCCGUCGCAGUAAAUCCAUCGAGGAGAGAGAGGAAGAGUAUCAGCGCGUCAGAGAUCGCAUUUUUGCACGAGAAUCCUCACAGAACGGAUACAUAAUUGAGAACAGACUGUCCACUGAAGGCUACUCCUCAUCCUCACAAAAGAGGAGGCAGAUCUUUAGGGGGAACAGGGAGAGCUCCAGCCGGGCGUCCAGCAGUCGGCAGAGCAGCACGGACUCCGAUAUGAAGAGUUUGGAGCCGCGGCCGUGGAGCAGCACAGACUCGGACAGCUCCAACCGCACGCUGAGACCUCCGGUCACCAAGGCCAGCAGCUUCAGUGGAAUCUCCAUCCUCACCCGAGGAGACAGUCUGGGCAGCCGGGGGUCACAGGGCAGCACCCGGGGCUCCCGCACAUGUCUUCCUACAGUAACUCAAGAUGUCUGUGCAACAGUUCAGCCGCCCCAGCAGAGCCGCGGCCUCUUGCCGUGCCCCCCUAACUGCCCAUCCAGUGCCCCUCAGACCCAGAACCAGCCACCCCCGCCGCCGCAAACCGCCCUGCUGCCCACCCCGACUCACGCACACGCUCACACGCAGCACGCCAUCAGCGGCCACAAUCACAUGCUGCCUCAGCCGGUGGCGUCUCUGCAGCCGUCUGUGUCUUAUUCGAACCCUUCGUGCCCUCAGGUCAUCCUGCCCGUUUCUCCUUCCCAGCAGUACAACAUGGGAGAUGAGUUGACUCCAGGUUUCGGGCAGAUGUCUCUCAGUCGUCAGGGCUCCAGCGAGGCCCCGGAGCCUCCCAGCCUGUACCCGCCUCCGCCAGCCGUGCUAUCCCAGCAUGCCCCACCACAGCCCAGUUACAUCAUGCCCCCUCCACCCGCCGGAUACCAGCCUGCUGCCCCCCACCCGCACCCUCCUCCUCCCCCACCCCCUCCCACGCAGCCCAUCCUGCAGACAGCGCCACCUGCGCAGGGCUACAUGCAGCCUCCUCCGCCCCCACAGCAGAUCCAGGUGCAGUAUUAUUCCACAGGUGCUCAGUAUCCUAAUUCGGGCCAGCAGUACCGCUCCAUAUCUCAUCAGGUGUCGUACCCCGCUCAGCGCUCUCAGCCUCUGCCCCCACCAGCACAGCCCUCCGCUCCUCUGCAGCCUAUGAUGACCAAUCAGCAGCCUGCGUAUCAGGGCAUGAUGGGAGUUCAGCAGCCACAGAGCAGCAGUAUGAUGAACACGCAGCGCGCGGGCAUGAACGGACAGAUAACAGGGAUGAUGGUCCAGUAUCCCCCCAUGCCCUCCUAUCAGGUGCCUGUAGCCAAUGAGAGUCAGUCUGUGGUGCAGCCGCAGUAUCAGCAGCAAGUGAUUGUUUCGGCGGGUCAGUCGGUUCAGGGUGCGAUGCCAACCGCUGCGCCCAUGCCUGUUUACUACGGCGUCCUGACCCCCACACAACAGAACAGCACAAGCCCAUCUGUGGGUUACCUGCAGCCGCCCAGUUCAGACCAGUACCAGAUGACCCAGUCCACUUCACCCUGCAGCCCUCAGCCAAUACAACAGCAGUAUUCAGGAGUCCCGCCCCCCGGGCCUGGUGUGAUGGUGAUGCAGCUCAGUGUUCCAAAUGGACCACAGCCUACCCAGAAUCCCCCACUGGUGCAAUGGAACCCGUGCAAAUACUACAGCAUGGAGCAGAGACCCAGCAAACCAGAGACACAGGUCAGCACUCAGAUCAGCAGUCCGCUGGCGUCUCCCACACAGUCUCCUGCUCCGUCUCCCUCUGGCAGUGUGAACAGUGUGUGUCCGGGUCUCGGUCCGCUGCCUCUCAUCUCUCAGUUCCCUCGGCCCGGUGGGCCAGCACAAGAUGCACGUUAUUCUUUACUGGGACAGCCUCUACAGUACAGUCUGUGUACUCCAACCAUCAUGCACAACCACAGCCAGUCCUACAGCUCCCAUCAGAGUCAAGGUGGAAUGAAACACGGGGCUCGAGGUAAAAGACAAACACUUAAAUCCGCCUCUACUGAUCUAGGAACUACUGACGUGGUGGUGAGUCGCGUGUUGGAGGUGACCGACCUCCCUGAAGGAAUUUCACGUCCGGAGGCGGAAAAGCUCUUCAACCAGCUUUUCCUCUGUGGUGCCAAGAUACAGUGGCUUAAAGAUCCGCAGUGUUCCCGGGGUCCCGGAGGAGGGAGAGGUGAUAACAACGACCCCGCGCACCUCUACACCGUAGUGGCCGUGUUCCCCAACACCAUGGCCGCCCAGAGCGCCUCCUUCAAACUCAACAACAGCGGCGGGAGUUUCUUCAAACUGCGCGCCACGAAAAAGAACUAUGACCUGCGCGGCGUGCUGGAGAGAGCGAGCUCGCAGUGAGUCCGGAGAGAGAGCGGGAGAUGAAGAUGUCAAAGGGAUGAGAUCGUACUGAUGUUCUUUAUGGAUUUUUUAAAUUAUUUUAUAUCAUUACCAGAAGAGCACACAUAGCACAGAGACGUGUGGCGUCACACGCGUUAAAGAGACAGUUUACUCAAAAAGGAUUUCAUCGUUUAAUUGUCGGAUCAAAUCUUGGACGGCUUUCUUCAGUGGAACACGUUUUGUUUGUAAAAUAUUUUGGCCUGUUUUUAAAAAAAAUAAUGAAAGUAAAUGGGAACUCUGAUUAUGUGGAAAAGAACGGCAUGAAUUUUCAGAACGUCUCUGAAGAAAGCCGUUCAUCUCUCCCAAACAUGAGAUUUGUUUUUGGGUUAACUGUUUCUUUAAUAUUCGCACCGAGACGACAACCCACUCCACUUCCAGCUCAGAGCUUCAUCUAGAUCUCCGUCUGUCUCUCUACCUCUGGCUCUCUCUCUCCUCAUAACCUCUCUUACGCCUGCUCAACUUCUCUUUCUUCCUCCUUCACUUUCUUUCUAUCAUUUCUUGCUUUCUGUUUAGCCUUAACGCUGUUGUGGACUUCUGUAUUGCGCUCUUUACCCCCUCUUCGCUCAGACGAAAGCUUCUUUUCUCGGUUCAGUAUAUUUAUAUAAGUGAUGUAAGGUUUAUAAGGAAUAAUCUAUAUAUUCAGUGAUUAUUUUCCCGUGGAUAAGUUGACCCCCCACCUCUUCUCGUUGUGUUUGCGUUUUUCGUUGAGCUGUGCAGAAAGUAUCGAGGUAUUUAAAAAGUGCACAAUGAUUGCGAAUGUCUACUGUAAAUUCCAUUUAAUCUGUUAUUUUUUGUUUGUUUUUAAAAAUAUAAAAGAUUACUGAAAGAUA